AUGGUUUCUUCUUCUCCCUCAGUAGCUUGCAUUGCUGUAAUGUCUUUCAUGGUUCUGAUGAGCACUACUCCCUCCUCUGCUUUUAUCCUAAACAAAGAUAUUUGCUCCAACACCAAGGUCUUGAGUCGCUCUUUUUGUUCAAAAUUUCUGGGUUCUAAUCCGGUUGUGAUCAAGUCCCUCCUUCUCAGCCUCGCUGAGGCCACUAUGGAUGUAGCAUCUUCGAACGCUACAAAGACCAGCCAGCUGAUAAUCAAGUGGCAAAACCAAACAGACAAUCCUCAACUGAAGAAUGCAAUUAGUCUAUGUCCGAGGCCGUACAGUGAAGCCAUUACUGAUCUCAAGGAAGCAAAAGAGAAGGUCAGGUCUGGGGACUAUGUUGCAGUACAACGUGCUGUAGUUGAUGCUUCUAUAAAGUUUCAUGCAUGUGAGGAGAAAUUCGAGGACACGCCACCUGAUCCAUCGCCAUUGUGCAGUACUAGUGGUGAAUUAGCUGCCAUCUCUAGCAUUCUUAUAGCUGUUUCUGAGUUUCUGGUGAAAUCAUAUAAAUGA